CUUUCACUACAAAACCAUACAAGUUAAAAAGACCCGAAGACAAAGUAGCUCUAGAACAAUGGCAAGCCUCACCACCAAACUUGGAGCAAUUGCAAGGACUCCAACUUCUAGGAUUUUUUCGAGACGGAUUCAAGUGGGUUCGCAGCAAGGAAGAGACGCACUACAACAAGGAGCAAAUGAAGCUAGGAAUACUGCUGAACAGGUGGCAAAUCAGAGCAAUGAUAUGGCUGGGAAGGUGUCUGCAACAGCACAAGAUGUGACAGAGAAAGCAAAGCAGACAGUGCAGGAUGCAUGGGGCUCAGCUAAGGACACUGCCCAGAAGGCGGCCGACAACGUCAUGGGAAAGGCACAAGAAUCAAAGGAGUUCGUCAAAGAAAAUGCAGAGCAGGUCAAGAAAAGCAUGAACACCAAGGGUCCUAUCAAUUAACGACCAUCACCAUCAUUUCUCCUCUUGUCCAUUGAUCUACCCCUGUAUAUCUAUAACUAUUAUCUAUAUAUAUCCAUUGUUGGGAUAUUAAAAUAUGGUUCCUUUCUCUACGAGAAAGUGAUUAGUUCAUUUUCAUGUUUAUGAUGUAUCAGAUGUAAAAGGCUAGGAACCUAAGUGUGAAUAAAUCCUUGCUUAAGAUCUGUUAUAAAA